CACAAUUGCAAUGCGCGCACACUUCCUGAUGGAGCUGCUCCUGCGAAGAAUAAAAAUACACUCCUAGCAAGCCAGCUAGACGAGUUGUGAAAAAGUUAUGUCUGGCUGUCAAGUAGACGGAGAGAGACUAAUUUCAAAAAUGGACGUUAUUCCUCUGUUUUCCGUACAUAAAUAGUAGACAAUAUCCCCAUGUCCAGAGAGCCGGCGCUGGUGAGAAGUCAACUGCGAAGGGUUGGAUUGUUGAAGCUAAAAAGCCCCGGUAGCUUGCGUUAUCAACAGGCCAGCCGGCUAACGUAAGCUGGCUAGCUCAAACACUAGGCCUUGAGUAGCUUGGUUUUACUUGCGGUUGUGGUAUGGUGAUGUUACUUUGUCGUAAGCGCCAGUCUACGGUGAUGCUAUAGAUAUUAAGUUACUAGCUGACGUUAGCUAGUAAUGUCUCUAACGUUACCACCCGCCGAUAUACUUGAAACACCUCCUGGAUAUCCGUUUGAAGAAAUCAACUAUGAGGAUAUUGAAGUUGAGGAGGUGGUGGGAAGAGGAGCUUUUGGGGUUGUGUGCAAAGCCAAAUGGAAAGGCAAAGAUGUCGCGAUCAAGACCAUUGAGAGUGAAUCAGAGAGGAAAGCCUUUAUUGUUGAGCUCCGACAGCUUUCACGUGUGAAUCACCCCAACAUUGUGAAGUUGUAUGGCUCUUGCCAUAGUCCAGUCUGCCUUGUGAUGGAAUAUGCUGAAGGCGGGUCAUUGUACAAUGUGCUGCAUGGUGCUGAACCCCUCCCCUAUUACACUGCUUCCCAUGCCAUGAGCUGGUGUUUACAGUGUUCCCAGGGCGUGGCCUAUCUCCAUGGCAUGAAACCAAAGGCUCUCAUUCACAGGGACCUCAAGCCACCCAAUCUGCUUCUUGUAGCAGGCGGCACUGUGCUGAAGAUAUGUGACUUUGGAACAGCAUGCGACAUUCAGACCCACAUGACCAACAACAAGGGAAGUGCUGCAUGGAUGGCCCCAGAGGUAUUUGAAGGCAGCAAUUACAGCGAGAAGUGUGAUGUGUUCAGCUGGGGGAUCAUUCUCUGGGAGGUGAUCACUCGCAGGAAGCCCUUUGAUGAAAUUGGUGGACCAGCUUUUCGUAUUAUGUGGGCUGUGCACAACGGAACAAGACCUCCUUUAAUCAAAAAUUUGCCGAAGCCCAUUGAGAGUCUGAUGACACGCUGCUGGUCUAAAGAUCCCUCCCAGCGGCCUUCCAUGGAGGAGAUAGUAAAGAUCAUGACCCAUCUAAUGAAGUACUUCCCAGGAUCUGAUGAACCCCUGCAAUAUCCAUACCAAUAUUCAGAUGAGGGACAGAGCAACUCUGGAACUACUACAGGUUCAUAUGUGGACUACACUGGUACCAGCACAAGCAACAAAAGCGACGCAAACAUGGAGCACAGUGAUUCUCAAGGGAGCAACGACACUAUCAAGAUUACACCUCAGUUUCCUCCUCACUUCAAGCCAAAGGGAGACCCAUUGAGGACUCUGCCUCUGUCCAGGGGGGGCAGUGUUGAGAGUCUGCCUUCACGAACACAGUGCAUGGCAUCAUCUGACAGCAAAAGAAUGAGUGCUGACCUGUCAGAGCUGGAGCCCAAGAUGCCAUUUACACCUUCAGCAGGCCCCCAGUAUAAACGAGGACACCGUAAAACGGCGUCAUUCGGCACCAUUCUGGAUGUUCCCAAGAUCCUCGUCACAGCCACAUGUGAGUCUCAGAGACGUCGGUCUGUGCAGGACCUGCCAGGCCUCGGCACAGAGUCCAGCCAGGGGAGCAGGAACAGCAGCCGGUCCUCCAGUCCUAGUGUGAGGAUGAUGCCACCUGACAAGGCGAGCAGCAGAGGUUACUACUCCCCUGAUGACCCCACAGACACCAACGGCUCAGACAACUCCAUUCCCAUGGCUUAUCUCACCCUGGAUCACCAGCUGCAGCCUCUCGCUCCCUGUCCCAACUCCAAAGAGUCCAUGGCUGUGUUUGAGCAGCACUGCAAGAUGGCCCAAGAAUACCUGAAAGUACAAACUGAGAUCGCCCUGCUGAUCCAGAGAAAGAAGGAGCUCAUCGCUGAACUGGACCAAGAUGAGAAGGACCAGCAGAACACGUCCCGUCUGGUGCAGGAGCACAAAAAGCUCCUGGAGGAGAACAAGAGUCUGUCCACAUACUACCAGAAGUGCAAAAAACAGCUGGAGCUGAUCCGGGUCCAGCAACAGAAGAGACAGGGCACGUCGUGAUGAGACAGAGACAUAUGAACUGCUACUAUCCCGUCCCUGCCCACCACUUCCUCACCCCAGCUCUACCACCCUACCCACUCCCAUGCUCUGUGUGCACACACACAGUUCCCAGUCCAGCUUUGUAAAGAGACCUGCAUUCUACUGUGUCCUGCAUGUUGCAUUGUAGGCCCUUACUUCUGUCCAGCAGGAAGGUGGCGUCCUCUGUACAUACAUUUGCACAUCCUCACAGUGUAUUCUGUGACCGCAGACCAAACAAUCACUGCAGCCCAUCCGGAUCACUCCAGACCCUGCUACUGUACUCUGGGAUGGAACUUAUCUUCAGCAGUGGUGGGAAGGCAGGCAGAUGAGCAUGGCUCGUGUGUUUCUAUACGUUUGCUCUCAGGGCCUCUGGUGGGUCCCCUCCUCAGCUGCUGACAGCCACACCGUCCUCCAGAGUGCAAAAACUAAGACAAAGGCUUUUCAGCAAGAGAGUGAUGAGGAUGGAACCUGUUCUACAGUGCGCAUGUGGCCCGUUAUGCAAAACACCCCCCCCCCCUUAGAUCAAUAUAUUUAUCCCUAACCUCUCCUUUUCUAAUCAUGAUCAUGAGCCCUUCCACAGGCCACCAAACCUGAUUAUUACUUCAAGGUGUGUGAUGUAUUCAGUUCAGAGAGUGAUGUGCACAUGAUCUGCUCCUUGUGCUCUUAAAAACACAACUAGCUUCCAGAGCAAACACCCGGAGCUGUGGGUUCCCUUUUUAUUUUGACUUCAGUAUUGUUUUUGCGUGUAGAUGUUUUUGUCUUUUCUAUUCUGUAGUUCACUUUGUAUGAUAGCUCUUGUGUCGUUUUUGCAUCAGGACAUGUUUUAUCUGGUCUGGGAAUGCCCUUACGGACAAAAUAGAGGAGCCUGUAGCUCCUUAUACAGUAUCUAGUUUGUUUUUAGUUCACAUGUUGCCUUAGAAGUUGCCUGCAUUUUAAGUGCUUGUUUUAUGUGACAUUUAGUGGUGAUAAAAGCAAAAAAAAAAGAGAUGAGAUAUUUUUAAUGUAAUGGACAUUCAAUUAAAUUCUUUCUGGGGGGAGUGAGAAGGAUAUAUGUCAGUAAGCUGAUGAUGUAAAUGUUUUCCACCAGCUUUACAUGUACUCUGAAAGAAGGACUAGAGGUAGUCUAUUUUUCCUUGGUCUCAUAUCCCUCUAGUACUUUUGCACAAUGACUUUGUUUUGUCUGGUCAUGUCCACUUUAUUUCUCAUUUAAGCAAUUCUGUUUUUUAAAAGUGCAAGACUUAACGAGUCUUACUUUUAAAUUUGUUCCUGUAUAGGAGUGAGUCUUCACCAGUUCUCAUAUGUUUUCUGUUCACUAAAAAUUAAUUUACCACACACACCACACUGUUUAUUAAGUGUUUCCUGAGUUAUUGGGAACUGAAGUACAGUAUAUGACAGUGAGCAAGGCAUUAUGAAAUAAACUGAAUGGUGAAAAGAUG